CACAAACCCUUUUCUCUCUUUCCUUCUUUCCCUUUCCUUCCCUCCCCCCCUUUCUCGCCCCCUGCUUUCCCCCUUCAGGUAAUAUGAUGGAGACCCCAGAGACUAUCUCAAAAGGCGACACAGCCAAGACGGUUGAAGUCUGUUCAGCACACGGGAUCACGUCGAACGAGUUCUCAGAGCUCCGUGAGCGUGCAGUUGCAGCCAAGGCCACAGCGUACUGUCCAUACAGCCAGUUCCGCGUCGGAGCAACGGUCCUCUCAAGUGAGGGUGAGCUCACGAGCGGCGCAAAUGUGGAAAACGCGGCGUAUCCUGUGGGAACAUGUGCAGAGCGCGUGGCCCUUGGUACAGCUGUGACAAGCGGCCAUCGUGGGUUCCGAGCCAUUGCUGUCGCAACUGAUAUUGCGCCACCGGCGAGUCCAUGUGGAAUGUGUAGACAGUUUAUUCGCGAGUUUUGCACACUGGAUACACCCAUUAUCAUGUUCGAUAAGAAUGAGGAUUUUGUGAUUGCAAAACUGCGACAGCUUUUGCCAAUGUCUUUUGGACCUGACCAGCUUCCACCUCCGGGAGCACCAGGAACAAGAUGAAAGGAUACUUGGGACACAUCAGUGUCUUGCAUAUUGUUGUUGGAUAUGAAUGGAUCACGGCGAUAUCAUGUGAGAGUAUCUGUUCUCUGCGAGCGCACCAGGAACUUUGGGUACUACAUCCUCCCUUAGCCUGCGUCUCUAUGUGUAUCAAUGGUUGAUAGACUGAGCUGCAUUUAUUGGCGUUCCUUGGACCGCGUGUAUGUGGCUGAUAUUGACCAUUCAUUUUCGGCUAUUCGGGGCAGUUGAUAGCGAGACGGGAGAUAUGAGAGCCCUUACAAUACAAUACAUACAUACAUACAUACACAAUGGUGAACCAACAAGGCUGC